AUGACCUCCGAAAGGGUGGACUUGAACAACGAUUUCACUCCCCACAUGCAUGUGCAGCUGCGCAAGGCGCAGAAACACCCUGAGCACCUACUCAUCCUCUUCGCGCAGCUCACCCACUUCGCUGAAGGCACUUGUCUACCAGGACUACAGCGCCCUUCCACAGGUCAAGAGACCCAUUCCGCCAAUCGUGAUCUCGCGUCUCGUUGCCCAGGUCUUGCUGUCCAAGAUCAUCACGAUCUUGACAUCUACCAACCCCUCUUGAAGCACCUCCCUUUAUCUCAAGCUUACGCUAUGUCUCAGUCCGACAAACCAUUUGCUAGCGCCAAAAGUCAUAUACAUGAUAUAGCUGGUCCCGUGUCAUGCUCACCACUUCGGCGUCGUCGUGCACGAUCACUGUCGAGCAGCCUACCUCCACGUGGUACUGUCGCAUCGCUGGUUGAUAACACCAAUAUGGCUAGCCCACCGACCGAAGUAGCCAUGUCCAUCGAAAGUGACUGCGAUACACUGCCGUCUCAGGCAAAGACCUCAUCACCCACGACAACUUCUCGCCCUCGCCCCGGUACACGCACGACUCAUAGCUCACCGCUGAAGCACAAGUGCAAGAUUGACGACUUCGUUCUUCCGCCGCCCCCACCGAUCAGGUCCGCAAACGACGCUGCUCCGGACGCUAUACUGGCUGCAUCGAACCUUGUCACGUCUAAUGACAAAGGCAUUGUCCAGGACGAGGCCUUGAACGACGAACCCUUCAAAGUCUUAGGUGACUCAAAAACGGGUAGUACACCAUUUCACCGUUGCCAUCGACGGAACAAGACAAGUCUAUCGCAGGUGGUCUCACGCAGUGACCCGCUGAAGGGAGCUGCAUAUGGUACGGAAUCAUUUCGCGUGACAGCAGGACAGUACAGCCACUGGACUCCAGGUCCUUAUGGUACUUCCUCUCCAAAUGACGACUUAGGUGUGGAUGGCUUCAGCAAUGUCACAUCUUCCGAAGCCAGCGCUAUCAAACGGGAGUUGGUUCCAGGCUCCAGCAGCCCUAGCUCAAUCACGGCGUUAACCAACCCGAACGAGCCCAACAAUCACACCCGGCCUCCGAAGACGACAGCGGGCGAAACCGAAGAAAAGAAGCGCACUCCGUCCAUCUCCUCUUACAACUCUAGCUCCGCCGCAUCUUCUCCGAAAAUAGGAGGAUCACCACCAGGAGCUGAGCUCGAUCGGCCGCUUCGUCGUACUGAGAAGUUCAACUUCUAUACUAGGCCUUCCUCACAAUAUGGAUGUGCACUCACGCUCUUGGAGGUCGAUACUGACGAGGCACACCAACUCUACCCACUUGAGACCUUUGCCCAAGCAAUUGCGGAAGAUGGCUGUCUCGUUCAUGACUGGGCGUGUCCCUGGCCAUCGGAGCAGCCUGUUAAGAAACUCCUCCGCUUUGCUUCCCGACCAGACUUCGCCCCCUCCGUGCACUACGAGUCAGAACCGGAUAACUACCCUUCUUUGCAGAAACUCCUCGAUAUGGACGAGCAUGAUCCUGAGCCCCGAAAGAGACCGCUUAGUGUUGUUAAUGUCCCCGAUCAGACACAGGAUGAUGGGCUUACAACUCUCGCACCAGUUUCUUAUUACCCGGAUACUGGAUCAGAGAUGACGAUCCUUCUCCCGCGAACGUACAAUGCGACUUCUGACGACGAUGAAAUGACUUUUCCUCCACGCACAUACAAUGCGACUGGUAGCGAUGGACUUAUGUGUCUCCUCCCGCUGAAGUACGACGCAAAUGCUGCCAACGCGCUGGAGAACGCGUCGUCGAUCAAGCGGAAGCCGAUACCGCGGCAGGCCAAAGACAGAUCGCUUCGAUUUCCUGCAUUACCUCCCGACUCUUCAAACUGGGUGGUACACGAUGGAUACGAAGCUGACGAGAGCGUCUGGACGCAAUCCUCUGGCUGUUUCUCGAUGAACACGGAAGCCUCGGACCUUCGCUACAGCGAUAGCUUCGUCAAUCGUGACGCCGGCAUAGAGCCAAUCCACAUCGAGAAGAGGCACAAGUGCAAUGGCUCGAAGACCACACUUGAUCAAACCGCGAACCCAGUCGGCAACUUCAUCGAGUCGCACUCAAACGUAGAUUCCAUCAAGGAACCCGCAUCUAUUGGCACCAUCAAACGUCGCACACUUCCAUCCAUUAGCGUUAUUUUAGAUCCUCCGUUCCCAACCAAUACCGGUGUUCUGAACCUCGACUUCCAGUUCCCAGCUCGCAAGCCGCAACAGCGCGGUGCCAGCAUGCCGGUCCUUCCUCCACCUUUAGCCAAACUCAGAGAAGAGAAGAAGCAUAUGCGACGCAGUUCGUUCGGCAAGUUGCUUGGUGCUUUCGGCAAGAAGGGCCAAGAGUCUGCGGCGGUAGAGGCGAAAGAGAAGCCAGAGAAGUCUCUCGGUCGGCGUAUUAGUAAGAGGUUCUCGUCGAUGUGGUUGAAGUAA